GAUGUGCCCAUUAAUAAUACAUGUAAUGGGCAGCAGCCCUUGAACUGUGGGCUUGGAACUGGGUCGGUGUUUGUUUUUUUCUAACCCCUAGAAGAAAAAAGGUGACUGAAAAUAAUGGCUGACCACGAGGAGGCAGAAUUGUCCGAAUCCCUUCAGAAGGAGGAAGAGUUUUCCAGUGAGCUAGAGGAGCCGAACUACAAAUCUAAAAGUCUGCCGAUGUUAAAUGAAGGUGCUCCCCAAGAGGAAACCUUACUGUCUAGCUCGGCGCGGUUGUCCAUAACGGCGGAAGAGAGCGCAGAGUUUAUCCAGCUCCCCACUAAGAAUGAGUCCUUUCAGACGGAGUCCCCAAAGAGAACAAACUACAUGCCCAACCCUGGGAAGUCGGCGCUGAACAGGCCGAGCUCCUACAUGGAGAACACAGAGAUGCGUAGGAGUAAAAACAUGGCGAGGAGGAAGGCGCCGGGGUUUUUCGCUUCCAGGCUGGCGCGGUUUCGUCUGCCUAGCAGGAAGUACCUGUCCGUUCUCAUACAAGACUCUCGCUGCUUCCUGUUCUGCAUGUGCUACCUGACGUUCAUCCAGUCGCUCAUGGUCUCGGGCUACCUGAGCAGCGUCAUCACCACCAUAGAGAAGAGGUACAGCCUGAGGAGCUCCGAGUCCGGCCUCCUCGUCAGCUGUUUCGACAUCGGGAGCCUCCUGGUGGUCGUCUUCAUCAGCUACUUCGGCGGGCGGGGUCAGAGGCCUCGCUGGUUGGCGGUUGGAGGGGUUUUCAUCGCCGUGGGUGCCGCCCUCUUCUCCUUACCUCACUUCAUCUCCCCGCCCUACCAAAUCCAGGAGGUCAACUCAUCCUUGGGCAUGGAGGGCCUGUGCAUGAACAGCAACGCCAGCGGCAGGGACCGCGUGGACAUCACCUCCUGUCCCCGAGACCAGGAGGGCAACGAGCACAACCUGUACGUGGCGCUGUUCGUCAUCGCUCAGAUCCUGGUGGGCAUGGGAUCCACGCCCAUCUACACCCUGGGACCCACCUACCUAGAUGACAACGUCAAGAAGGAGAACGCCUCACUGUAUUUAGCCAUCAUGUAUGUGAUGGGAGCACUGGGCCCGGCGGCUGGUUACCUGCUGGGAGGAGUCCUCAUCGGCUUCUACGUGGACCCAAAGACCGCUGUAACCAUCGACCAGAGCGACCCGCGCUUCAUCGGCAACUGGUGGAGCGGCUUCCUCCUGUGUGCCGUGGCCAUGCUGCUAGUCAUCUUCCCCAUGUUCACCUUCCCCAAGAAGCUGCCGCCCCGACACAAGAAGAAGAAGAGGAGGAAAAAGGUGAGCCUGGACGACCUGUCCAGCGACGACGACGUCCUGAAGGAGAAGAGCAACAACAACAAGAACCAGGCGGUCACAUCGUCCAUGGGCUUCGGCAAAGACAUCAAAGACUUGCCCAAAGCGGCGGUGAGGAUCCUGAGCAACGUGACCUUCCUGUUCGUCAGUCUGUCGUACACGGCCGAGAGCGCCAUCGUCACCGCCUUCAUCACCUUCAUCCCCAAAUUCAUCGAGUCGCAGUUCGGCAUCCCGGCUUCCAACGCCAGCAUCUACACCGGUGUGAUCAUCGUGCCCAGCGCCGGCGUUGGCAUCGUCCUGGGCGGCUACAUCAUUAAGAAGCUGAAGCUGGGAGCUCGAGAGUCGGCCAAGCUCGCCAUGAUCUGCAGCGGAGUCUCUCUGCUCUGCUUCUCCACGCUGUUCAUCGUGGGCUGCGAGAGCAUCAACCUCGGAGGAAUCAACAUCCCUUACACCACCGGGCCGACUCUCACCAUGACCCAGAGGAACCUGACCGGAGGCUGUAAUGUGAACUGCGGAUGUAAAAUCCACGAGUACGCUCCGGUCUGCGGCUCUGACGGCAUCACGUACUUUAACCCCUGCCUGGCCGGCUGCAACAGCGUGUCCAACGACAGCAGCGGGAUUCGUAACUACUCGGACUGCGCCUGCGUCCAGAGCCGUCAGGUCAUCACGCCGUCGUCCAGCGGUCAGGGCAGCAACCAGCUGCAGCUCGUCAUCGUCAAGACCUACCUGAACGAGAACGGCUACGCAGUGUCGGGGAAGUGCGACCGCACCUGCAGCACACUCAUCCCCUUCCUCAUCUUCCUCUUCAUCGUCACGCUCAUCACUGCCUGCGCUCAGCCCUCCGCCAUCAUCGUCACCCUCAGGUCUGUGGCGGAGCAGGAGCGGCCGUUCGCUUUGGGAAUGCAGUUUGUUCUCCUCAGGACUCUCGCCUACAUCCCGACACCCAUUUACUUUGGCGCCGUCAUCGACACCUGCAUGUUGUGGCAGCAGGACUGCGGCGUCCACGGCUCCUGCUGGGAGUACGACGUCACCUCCCUGCGCUUCGUCUACUUCGGUCUCGCCGCCAGCCUCAAGUUCUUCGGCUUCCUCUUCAUCUUCCUCACCUGGUACUCAAUCAAGUACAAGGAGGAGCGUGUGGAGCGCUGGCUCAAACGCCACCUCUCACCCGUCGACACCGUCGGCAGCCUCGUCUGCCACCCAGGCGGCCACAAGGGUCACGCCCGCACCCGCUCCUGCCCCGUCAACAUCCCUCGAAGUGACCCCAACGCUCUGCCGGUCAAUGCUACCCUGCGUUCCGGCGCCCUCAACCGUGGCGUCAGCACCCAGAGUUGCCCCGGCAACGAGCUGAAAGCAAUAACACCUACUCCCCCUGCAGUCUCACCGUCGCCUUCAGCGGCGCCUGCUGCCCCCGCGCCGGCACGUUCGCUGGAACACGUUUCAGUCCGUGUCUGAGUAACAGAAGCGGGGGCGGGGCGAUGGACCGACUUCCUCUUCUGUUAUGAAAUCCGGUCGACUGUGGACCCGACUCGGAUUUCAGCUGCUGGUCAAAGGCGCCGAUCAUCACGUGGAGGUUCUGCUCUCAUGUAUUCUUCGCUGAUAAAACACUCAAAGUGGCUUUUUUUAAGUUGUGUCCGCACCAAUGACUUCUGAGGCCGUUGAACCUCCAGAUCAUCAGCGGUCAGACGACGUUAAACGGCUGCAAGUUGGACUAAUUUCGGGGAUCAGCCCAGCCAGGAGACUCUUCUUCUCUGACAUGGAAACAAAUCUGCUUGGUUGGUAAAAAAUGUUGAAAGCGGUCGGGUGCUUUCUUUGUGAUCUACCAGACACUGCAGCAGGCGGACAGAGGCCUCAGCUUCCCCGCUUUGGGUAGAGGAGAGUUCAUCGCUCAUAACAUCACUCAUAAACCCCCCCCCCUUUUCCUCCUCCCUCCUCCUCCAACACACUUCGGCAAUAUGUGC